AUGUCGAAGACCAAGGUUUCCUCCAAGGUUGAUAAGAAGGCCAGCAAGGCCCUGUCCAAGGUCAAGGACGCCGGUGUCACCAAGGCUGCCGCGUCUCCCGCCGCUAAGUCCAAGGACGUCGCUCGCAAGGUCGCUGGCAAGGAGGCCAAGACUUCCAGCAAGAACAAGAAGAAGGAGCCUACCCCCAGCAGCUCCUCCGAGUCCGAGUCCGACAGCGAUGAGGACAUGAAGGACGCCUCCUCCUCCAGCGAGAGCGAGAGCGAGGACGAGAAGCCGGUCAAGAAGGAUUCUAAGAAGGUUGAGAAGAAGGAGGAGUCCUCUUCCGAGGAGUCUGCCGACUCUUCCGAGGACGAGUCCGAGGAUGAGAAGCCCGCUCCCAAGAAGGCUGCCAAGAAGACUGCCAAGAAGGAGGAGUCUUCUUCUGAGGCCGAGUCUGACUCUUCCGAGGACGAGUCCGAGGAGGAGAAGCCUGUCGCUAAGAAGGCUGCUGAGAAGGAGAGCUCUGACUCGUCCGACUCUGAGUCUGACUCUGAGUCCGAGGAUGAGGCUCCUGCCAAGGCCAAGGCCGAGAAGGAGUCCUCUGACGACUCUGAGUCUGGCUCUGACAGCUCUGACAGCUCUGACUCCGAGUCCGAGGCUGAGGAGAAGCCCUCCAAGAAGCGCAAGGCCGAGGAGGAGCCCGUCGCUGCUGCUAAGAAGUCCAAGACCGAGGAGGCUCCCGAGGGUGCUUCCGCCAACCUGUUCGUUGGUAACCUCUCGUGGAACGUUGAUGAGGAUUGGCUCCAGCGCGAAUUCGCCGAGUACGGUGAGAUGACUGGCUGCCGUAUCGUCACUGACCGCGAAUCCGGUCGCUCGCGUGGUUUCGGUUACGUCGAGUACGCCAACGCUGCUGAUGCUGCCAAGGCCUUCGAGGCCAAGAAGGGUGCCGAGAUCGAUGGCCGUACCAUCAACCUUGACUACGCCACUGGCCGUCAGAACAACGCCCAGCAGCCCCAGGGUGGCCGUGACCGCGCCCAGACUCGCGCCCGUAGCUUCGGUGACUCGACCAGCCCCGAGAGCGACACCCUGUUCGUUGGCAACCUUCCCUUCAGCGCCUCCGAGGAUGCUCUCCGUGACGUCUUCGGUGAACAGGGUACCAUCCUGGGUAUCCGCCUGCCCACCAACCCCGACGAUGGCCGUCCCAAGGGCUUCGGCUACGUCCAGUUCUCCUCCGUUGAUGAGGCCCGCAACGCUCACUCCCAGCUCCAGGGCCAGGACCUCGAGGGCCGUCCCCUGCGCCUGGACUUCAGCACCCCCCGUCCUCCCCGUGAGGGUGGUGGUUUCGGCGGUGGUGGUUUCGGUGGUGGCCGUGGCGGUGGUCGUGGCGGUGGUCGUGGUGGUGCCCGUGGUGGUCGUGGUGGCUUCGGUGGCCGCGGCGGUGGUGGUGGUGGCUUCGGUGGCCAGGGUGGCUACAACAAGGCCAAGGGCAGCAUCCCUGAGUUCAAGGGUACCAAGGUUACCUUCUAA